AAUGGCGGAGCUAGUGGAAGGUGUUCAGUAUGGUUUGUCAUCGCAGGGAAAUAAUAGUGAUAAGUCGUUGAUAUUUGUGAAACUCACGGAUUCUGCGUAUCGUGCUAUUGAAAGCUAUUUGAAGAAUCAGAGCAAGUUUACCAGAUCACCUACUAUCCAGUUCCUAGGCAACGAGGGGACCCUAACCUUUCCGUCAUGCGAGUCCAGCCUUGGCCAAGCAGGCUUCAAGUUCAGCCUGUCAACAAACGCAGAUAUCGAGGGGCCACAAGGAAGCUUCGAAUGCGUCAAGCAGAACAGUUCCACGUCACUGGAGCCCUUGGGUGCACUACCGUGCAAAAUGCGAAUACAUGCCAAAGAUGACGUAUAUGACAGGACAAGAGACCAGUUGGCAAAAGCAGAAGAGAACCAGAAAAGAAACUGCACAAGAGAAAUAAAGCCUGGAGGUCCAGGCAUUGGCAAAAAGGUGAAAAUAAAAGUGAGAGGUAUUCCUGCCAGGAAUAUUGGCAACACAGUCCCACCUGUGCAGAAAGAAAAGGACUUGCCUGUUCUGAACACUCGGCAACCGCCCGCCAGCAAACCGUUUCCGUCAAAUGUGAAGCCGUCUACGAAUGGUUAUCUUCCUGCCCACAACAGCAUGUCCAGUGGGGGUUCUCCCCAAAACUCCAUCCGAACCAAACCUUCAGGGAACACCGGUGGCCAGAAGACCGUUAACACAGAUAUCAUGCGGCGGCCUCUAAGGGAACGGCUAAUACACCUUCUUGCUGUCAGACCAUACAAGAAACCAGAAGUGUAUGAGAGACUCAGAAAAGAUGGUAUAACAGACCGCGACAGAAAGUGUGUCGGUGAUGUUCUCAAGCAGAUAGCACGCAUGACAGAGAACACAUUUCAUCUAAUGCGUAACAUAUGGAAUGAUGUACAAGAGGACUGGCCUUUCUAUAGCGAGCAGGACAGACAGAUGCUGAAGCGCCACAAGCCGCAGAACCUCACACCCCCAGGGAGCAGUGAUGGUGGCAGCUCGGGCAGUGGACACUCUCCUACCAGCACCCACCCGGGCAGCCCACCACCACCUGUGUCUUCAAAUCUCAAGAGGCCUGGAUAUUUUGAAGGCGCAGAUGGACUACCUUCCAAGAAGCAUCGCGUAUCACAUUAUCGGAAACCAGAUCAGCAGCUGCCAUCCACGAGGACAGGAAAUAGUAAUAAUAAUAAUAGUAGUGGUGGUGCAGCCGCCGGACUUCCUUCACUCCUGGAUGGGGUUAGGCAUGUCAAUACUCCAGAACGUGAUGAGGAAGAAAACAGAGACAGGAGACCGUAUGUGGAAAGGGAUAACCUUUCUUCUGAUAGGAGAACUUUUAGUGAACGAGAAGGGCCAUCAUCGGACAGGCGGUUUAGUGACAGAGAUAGUGCUUCAUCUGAUAGACGUUCCCUUGCUGAAAGGAAUAGUACUUUUGCAGAGAGGCGGCCCUUAAGUGGUGAAAACGUUUUGGACAGGCGACCAUUAGCAAUGGAAACAGAAAGUGGCAGCUCCGACAGGCGUUACUGUGGACCGGAUAGGGGCAGUUUUUCUACUGCAGACAGAGAAAGAAGACAGUUUGCAUCUGAUACUGUUGCUGACAGUGUGUUUAGUGUAGUGAGUAACAAGGAAAUGUCCUCCACAAGUGUGCACAGUGACACAGUUGAUCGCUCAGCUGUUCAGUGUUUUAAUCAGUCACCUAACACUGCAUCACCUGGCAGAAGCAGUGGUUUAAAUGGCAGUAACAAAACACUGAGGGAAGAGAGUGUAUGGGGAAAGACAGAAAGUGGCAGGGUUCCAAGCCCAUCCGCCAGUGCCAGGAAUAGUGGUAGAUACCAGGACAGUCGAAAUGACAGGUGGAAUGGUAAUUGCAAUAACAGCAGUUCCUUCAGCAGAAGUGCUGGGAAUGGUAAUUACAAUGGUGUCUCCAAUAACAGUGUCAGUGGUGGUGGCAGCAACAGCAGCAAUCGCAACAUCAGUAACAAUGUAAGCAACAGGAGUAAUGCAAGCAACAACUUAAGCCAUAGUAAUAGCAACAGUGACCAGAGAAAUGGCUACUCCAGCGGCCAUGUACCUUCUUCCUCUAACACAGAGAAUACUCCUGUUGCUGCAACAGCAGAUUCUUACUCCAGUCCCCACUGUCAACAGGAAGCUGUUGACCAACCAUUAAAUGGCGAACUUCCAUUUGCUGAUUAUCUUUCGAACUACACAAAAAUAAUGAACAGUGAGCAACGGAGUAAAUACAAAGCAGACUUCAAUGCAGAUUAUUCAGAAUACAGAAGACUUCACUCUGAAGUUGAAAAAGUUUCUCAGAGAUUUGCUCAUUUAGAAAAGAGCUUAAACCAACAAGUAAAGUUUAGCUCAGGAUGGAAGAGCAUUCAGAAACAAAUUAUUCGGGAAUAUGAAGAAACCAAACGGGAUCAGAAGCUCCAAGACAUCAAAAAGAGGUUUCAGUAUCUGCAUGAAAAAUUGUCACACAUCAAACGCCUGGUUUCUGAAUAUGAUGCAGCACAGAACUGUAACUGACCCUGGCCUCACUCAGCACAUGAAAUGCUGCCUUUAACGUUCCAACAACGAUCAGUCGAGCAGGAAUCUCGUGGUGGUUAACUGGCAUUGUGCUUAGUACGUACUUGCAGUUUUCAUUACACUUGAAAAUGUAGAGUAAUAAUUCCUAUCACAAAUGUCACAGAUCCCAGAAUUUGCUCCUAACUGGUAUUUUUAACUGUGACGGCUGUUGAUCUGGAGAGGAUAAAGUGUGCAGUUACAAUGCUUCAAAGUUCAUAAAAACAAAGUUCACAAAAACAAAGUACAUUAAACAGUAAGUCAGUAUUAGAUAUAGCCUUCGCACUGUGUUGUAUGGUUAUCUGCUUUACUCGAAAGGUUCAAGAGUUACCUUAAGAGGAUUAUUUUACUUCUCCCAUCAAGGGUGUUGUUUUGAUCUUGAAAUGUGUGUGUGUGAGAGAGAGAGAUUAAAUGAAUUUCAUGCUUCUUUUGUAAUUAGUAAAUGUAAGAAAUUUGUGCAGACUUAGGUUCAUUGUUAAGUCAUCACUGGGAGUGAGAAAGAUUGUGUUUUUUGCAUGAAACUCCAUCAUGAAGUGUGUGGAAUAAUGAGCUCUGCAUUUAUUUCUGAAUAAUGAUUGAUAUUAAUAACACAAUCCAGAUACUUUCAUAGUGGAACAAUAAUAUCUUGUAAAUUAUUGAGAACUUCUGUGAGAUGGUGCUGUGUCUACAUAAAAGUGAAGAAAAGUCACUAUCUUUCUGAUGUUAAUGUUUGUUAUUCCUAAGAUUUAGAUUAUGCCAUAAAUAGUGGAAGUAAUUUAAAGUCCCAUUUUUUGUACACAGCCUUUGUGCGGUUUUAUCUCCUCAGUUUAGAGUGUUGGCCAUCUUCCAAAAGUAGUGUGUGGUUUGGUUGUGGUAUUUUAUUUCACCAGAUUCCUGUUCUCUCUUUCCUUAAAAAUGUUAUGGUCUCAUAGGAGCUAGUGCUUUAGCUGAACUGAACAGUGCCUUUAUAAUAGUUAGCCACUGGAAAUUUUUCCCCAACUUCCAGCAAGAAAGAUAUUAACCUCAUGUAAACUACUUGUACAAAGAAAUUAUUUAUUGUUUUAAAAUUGAUAGUCUUCCAUAAAUGUUAAACAUAUUGAAAUGUAAUGGUAAAAUUAUAUUGAUUACUGAUGAGAGAACAGGUAUCAAAAGUGUGGGUGAUGUAUUGUGAUAUGAAGCAGUGUAUUUUUGAACCAUUUGCACUUCACGAUUCCCAUAAUGUGCAAUUUGCAUAACGGUAGCUUCUUCCUUUCCGUUUUAAAAAUGUGCUCAAUACAGUUAAGCAUUCUACAAUCUAAAAAAAUUUUCAGUCCCAGUCAGUAGAGAUAACUAGAUCAAAGGCCCUUUGUGUUAUUAAUAGCUUGAACUGGAGAGAGGUAGGAUCAUUGUAUGCAUCAUACAAAUGCACAGUAAAUUGGCUGUUAUGAGUAUUUCAUGAAUCUCAACAUAAUGCUCAUGUAAAGCCAAGAAAGCAUUCACAAAUUUAUAUUUUGUGUUACUGUGGGAUUUCUUCAUUUCUUUAGAAUCCAUCUGGGGUAGUCUUCUCAGAGCUAAAAAGUUCAUUGUGAUGGGAAGGACAAAGUUUACAUAAAGCUGUACCACAGAAUAUUGUUAUCUGAAAAAUAAAUUAUUAGAAUUGGAAUUAUUUACACUAAUCCCUGGUGCACUGCUAAUAUAAUACAUUGAACAAAGAAAGACUAAUCUGAAACUUUUAAGCAGUUUUACAUGGAUGAUGUAGUGAAUUUUAGUCCUGGUAGUUUGGUACUGUGAAGUAGGCAACACUUUUAUGUGAAGAUUCUUGCACGAGUUGUGGUUAUGAAGGUACCAUAAAAAAGCUGUACAAAUUAAAUUAAAUUAAAAAUUGUUAAUACUGCCUGAUAUUUUGUAUGAAAUUGGAAUACUUCCAUUAAAUAAACAAUGAAAGUUGACAGAUGAGGGAGCAAAUUGAUGUGACAGAAGCACAGACACUAGGCAAAGGUUUAUUUUGAAGUUGAUGCAACAGGGGAAAACAUUUUGGGUAAUGGCAUCAUAAUAAGAAAUCAGUAUAUUGGUCAGAUCUAUAGCACAAUCUCAGCAUAUUGCACCAUUUUUAAAAAUAAAUUUUGUGGUACAGGUACUGUGGCCCCAGUGUUAUGAAAAAAGUGGAUUUUGUGCUUCUGUUCCUUUCAGUAAAUUUGUAAAGUAUAUCUUAGAGAUUUCCAAAAAAUCUAAUCAAUUGUAGGUGUAGGAAUACCAUAUAAAAUAUUUUGUGGGACAUCAUGAUGUUUACUUUUGUUUUUGUUAUUACUCCUGUAUUAAAGUCAAAUUUCAUUUGUUUGCACCAUACCAAAAUCACAUGUUUGUACACUCUUUAGAUAAUGUGUUAAUUCUUUGGAUAUAGAGUAUGUUUAUGUAGCACACUAGUUGAAAGAUGUGUUACUUACUAACUCUUGUUAUCAUUUUAUUGUAACAGCAGAAGUUACACAUUUAUGGGAAAUCAUUAGAAGUGCAAAUAAAAGAGUUCCCUACUCAUCAUUAAUAUUAAAGUGGUGUUUUUUUGCUCCAUCAGUUACAAAAACUAAUUUGAAAUAUUAUUUCCAGAGGUGUCCUUCAUACAUAUACUGGUGAAACUGAUUACUCAGUCAGAUUGGUCAGUGAUAUCCCAAAUGUUCUGUGCAAUCCAUGAUGGUUCUUUUAUUUGUUUGAGUGUAUGUGGUUUUUGUGCAUGAGAUGAAGUGGUUGGAGUUAAAUGUUCUUUCAGUUAUGUAUCCAUUAACAAAAUCGUGUAAAUUAUCUAGCUUGUGGGUAAUGGAUAAUCAGAAUGCUCAAACCAUAUCUCGAAAACUGUAAGAUAGUUAGCAACUGUGUGUAUAUAUAUUAAAAAUCUUUUAGAUAUUGGUACAGAUAAUUUUGAGAAACAUGACAGAGAAGAUUUAAUGACCAAAGUACAGUACUAAGUGAAAUAACAGUGCAGAAUUCACUUAUUGGGUAAAGUUUGUUCACCACCCUAUGUAAGUUACUGGUGAAUGCUUCUCCUGAUAAAGUGUCGGAGUAUAUUAAGCUGCAAGAACAUCGUUGAUGGAAAUAAUGGAAGAUAAAUACUUUAUACAUAAUAUAUUUUUGACUGUGAUGUAUUUUUUUUAUUUUAUUUUUUAUUAAUAGAUGCUCAUUCCUGCAGCAGAUUCGCUGCUAACUAUUGUAACUUGACUGAUGCUGAUGUGUGAGAGAAGGGAGUGAGAACUGUCCUGCCACCAUUGCCAAGGAUUAACUACAGUGAAAAGUGAAGAAAAGUUUAAUGUAGCGAUUAAAUGGCAGUUGUAAUAACUAUAAAUGUGCUUGGUUGUGGAAAAUAUUUGAAAGGGAAAUACUGUAUAAUAAACUUUUUGUGAUCAAGAACAUUUUUGAUCAGAAGUUAUGCUAUUUAUAUUUCUAAAAAGGAUGGUAACUACUCAUCCUGGCGACUGUGCUUACGAUGCUGUAUACAUAAACAAUGUGGAUGGCCUCCAUUCAUUUAUUGCUGCCCUGGCCUGGAACAUUGGUGACGACCGGAAUUCUUCCCUGACCUUGAUUAUUAUAUUAUCAUUAUUAUUAUUAUUAUGACUAUUAUUAUUACUGUCUGUAUAGUGUUUUAUAAAAAGGAUAUCAUACAAUAAUAUGCAUUCUGUCUUCUUUCAUUAUUGUGUUCUGCUUUUGAGAUUUUACAUAAAAAUGUUGAAAAAAAAAUGCUCUUCUUAGUCCGGGGAUUGUGUAAUUAUACCAGCUAGUGGGAUAUUUAUUCUCACUGUUGGCGUAAGUACUGUUCUGCUGGUAAGGAUUCGUAAAUGCUUGUGGAGUAACUGGCAUAUCUGACAAUAAUACAUUUAAGUGCUUGUAUUUGUCACUUUGUAUGAAUAUGCACACACAAGAUUCAGCAACUAGCUAAAGUAGUAACAUAAAGAUGUAUCUCGUAACUGGUUUGUUAGUGCAGAUAGGCUUAUACUUAAUAAUUUAAUGAGGGACCAAGAACAAUAUAUGUUUCACUUGUGAUUUUAAAAAAAUAAAAGAGCACUUGCUAAUUGUUCUGUUGUGUAUUACUAAUAUGAGUGUCUCAUUCUCCAUACCAGGUUUAUACAAAUAAAAAUCGUCAAUUAUCCUAAGAAUUGUUUGAAAUAUUGACAUUACAUUGUUUCUGUUAUGGGCCUUCAUUAUUGCAGGAAGUGAGUUGUAAUAGGUAUCACAUAUCUCACACUGGAAAAGCUAACUGCACAAGAGAGAUAAUGACAUCACAGUUAUGGAAGCCAUAUACUAAAGACAUGCUUAAUGAUGAUAAUUAUAUACUUUAUUUUUAAUAAAAGAUAAAGUUUAUUCUCCUAUUUUUACCACAUUGCUGAAUCUCAAUAGAACAGUAUGCAAGCAAACUCCACAAGCAAGGUGAACCGAUAUGGCUUUAAAGUUUCCCAAGUGGCAGUGAAGGUAAAUCAACUGAUAUCAAUGUGCUGCUGUUUUGCUCUGGUGAUUUUUGUCAACUGCUUUUGAAAUUGUGAUUUGUGUGUGUGGAUAUUGUUUUAUAUGAGGUUUAUUUAUGUUUGUAGCAGGAAAAUAUUAAUUUAUUGUUGAAUUUACUAUGUAAAUAUGUAUACAUGUAUGUAUGUUUUUGUAAUUCCUUCUGAAGCAUUGUGAAUGAAGCAUGAUUCAGUUCUUUUAAAUAGCAACAUAAAUGUAGAAAUUGGCAUUUGGUUGCAUUACUGAUGUAUACUGGUACGUCGGUUGGUUUGUUAUUUCAAAAAUUAUGGAAGUUUUGUUAAGAACAAUCUGUGUCAUUAUUGUAAUGAUUGUUGUUACUGGUUUAAAGUUAUUGUUCAAGUAUAGGCUUUCUAACUGAGGUUGUUUUAACAUUCAGUAUUAUUUAGCAGAUUCACUUUGGUUGUAGAGAGUGGAAACACUGAAAUAAUGUAAAUUGUGCAUUAACUGCAUGAAGCACACACAUCCGAUUUUAAUACAGUAUACAUUUUUAUUAGGUUGUUCUGAUGGUUUGAUUAUUUGUGUUCUACAUUGGUCAAACUAAGACAAGGAUUGAUUUUUUUUCCCCC